UGGUGGGGGGUGGGGUGGUGUCGCGAGGCCUCGGGCCCGCAAUGUAACGGCCUUCAGGCGGAGGCGACGGGCAGCGGACUGAGGGCAGCCCCUCCAACACCACCCCGGCCCCGCCUCUCGGCCCUCACGCCCACCCCUCCCCUCACCCCCCAAUGGAGCCGAAAGUCGCUUUCCGGGGUGCUGCGAAUCGCAGCUGGAGCACCAACCAGGACCCCAGCAGCCGAUUAGCAGAUGCGUUCAACCAUUCGAUGUUGCCAGGCGCCACUUCAUUCUUCGAAUACUACAAAUCACAGAGUGAAGAUACUGUCGAUCCCCCCAGUGCUCCACCUUCUUCAUCGACAGACUACUCGAGUGGGGUUGAUCCUUCUCUUUUCUAUGCUCCGUGGUCUACCUAUGGCGAGGAGGGUAAUCAACCUUCCGGUUCUCAGAUCAGUGUCAAGAACAGGGCCCAAACUGACCGAAAUGACUUUGGCAGCGAAGCAGACUUGUACGGACUGGUGUCUAACAUUUUGGAAGAACAAGAUAAGUCACAGCCUGGAUAUGCUGAGGGGGCCUGCUCCACCAACCUAAAAUCCGCUUGGCCCGGGAACCCCGGCAGGCUUCCCGAUCACCCUGGUCUCCCGUCCGACCCUCAAAGACCCGUAGAGGCAGGCGGCUCUCCGCCCGUUUUCUAUGGUGGCGAGUCUGGGCCGGCAGCGGAGAAGCCAGCCCCGCAGAAGAGCAAUCCCACCCCACAACCCAAAAGAGAUGAUCUCUGUGCCGGGUUCCCGAAUCUGGGGCUCGAAGAGCAGUGGAUGUACCCCUCGCGGGCCGAUCAGUUCAGCUAUUUCAACCUGCCGCCCAACGAUCCCGCUAAGGCGACGUUCCAAGAAGGCCCCCGGCACCAGAACCGUUCGGUGCCACAGACGGGGCUCCCCAAGGAACUGGGAGCCGAAGGAGGAGACCCUCACGCCUACGGAAGGGGCCACGUGUGGGCCAGGGGGCUCGGGGCACCGAUGCAGCAAAAGCGAGCCGAGAUGCUCUUCGCCCAGGUUCGACUCAAUGAAAGUGCAGAUUAUUGUAGGUAUCCGGAAUAUCCCCACCCCAAUCAGGUGAAGCUCAAUCAGUGUUCAAAUCUUAGCGUUCAGGAGAGCAGAAAGCCAACCGACGGGGCACACAAGAGAGCGGCCAGGGAAGCGGAGAGCUACGCCAGGGCUUUUCCGGGAAUGCCGGCGGACCUGAAGAAAGGGGACGAGGCCAUGCCCCGUGCCCCGAAGAAUUUCCCUUUCCCAAGAUCUGCCCCAUACUUAGCCGAAAAGCCGUACGCCAAGGAGGCCGCGUUCGCGGCUGACUUCGGCGUGAAGCCGGAAUACGGGCUCAAAGCUCUCAUCGCCUGCCCAGGCCUCAGCGAUUUUCCUAGCGCCGCCGAGAAGCAGCACAUUCCCAGGUCGGAGCAGCAGAAUUCCGGAUUCCUCAAACCGGCGAAUCCACCGCCAAACUCGGCGGUGCCUUCCGGUGGAAUCAACAUCAACCGGCCCGCGUGGAUGAACGUCCAAGCCAAAAAUAGCGCUCCCGUUCUGUAUCGGAAUCAGAGUAACUUGAUGAGGUGGAACGGUCACUUAAGCCCAGCCCUGAGAGGGGCGAACCAUUCUUUAGAUGGCCCCCAGCUACCACCUGCCCCGGGCUUCACCCCUCAGAGCUAUCUGUUUCAGAAAUACUGUCAGGAACCCCCGUCCCUGUUUUCUGGGUUGGAUUUCGGUUCCAGUGGCCCGGGAAGGUUUCAACCUGGCAGUCCCCUGGAAGGGCAGACCAGAGACGGUGGAAGGGUCCUCACCGACCUGGGUCAUGAGAAAAAAUUCAAGCUGCCAAACGGGAUGUGCGACGGCUUCUUACCUCAGCAGUACGGGAUGGUCCACCCGGGCAACAAGCACCCUUUCCAAGCCAGGCUCCAAGGUGGACACGGUGAUCCCGACGAGGGCCAAGUCUAUUUCCCGGGCUUGUCCCCGAAUCCCUAUCACGACCUGUUGGAACGCCCGGGCAGCUACGCGAGCCCCCGACUGGGGAGCGGAGACAACGGCUCUGUCGUCGCCCGGCUGAACCGCCCCCAGCCUUCCUACUUUCCAAACCAUUUCAUGAUGGGUGACUGUAGGUACCACCCGAACGCCCCCCAGUUUGGCUUGGGCGGGCUUCCUCUGAAACCCAGCUUUCCGUUCAACCAGGCGUUACUCCCGCUGACGGGCUCUUGCAAUUUGCUCUCCUACCAAGACGGAAGUCGCCCGAGUCCUUAUUUGAAAGGUCCGAUGCAGAACGACCAGCCUCACCCUCAACCCGGUUUCCCGUUCAUGCCCACGAUGCCGAGACCGGUCAAAGUCCGCAGCGGACCAGCCAGCGAACUUCACACCCAACUAGAGGAGUGCUACGAGCAGUGGAGAGCCUUAGAAAAGGAGAGGAAGAAGGUUGAACUGUCCCUCGCCAAGAAUUAUCCGGGAAAGAAAGUCUCCAGCACGAAUAACACACCGAUUCCGAGGCUGACCUCCAACCCUUCCCGGGUGGACCGAUUAAUCGUGGACGAGCUACGAGAGCAAGCCAGGGUCGUCACUUUACUGGGUAAGAUGGAGCGCCUUCGUAGCUCUCCCCUCCACAUCAACAUCUCCAUCACGCUCGACAAGCACUUGGAGUCCAUUCGUCUGGUCCAGACGCGGAGGAAGGAGGAGAUCGUGAACGCUUCGGCUCGGCAGAGGCAAGGAGCCCCCAGAGGCCAGGACGACCGAGAUGUUCUCGCCCUGGCGCUGGCAAUCAGAGAGAUGUGCUGCAGUACCAGGAUGGUGCGCACCACCCUCUGGUGUGCCCUCCAGAUGACCCUGCCCAAGGCGGCCCCUCCCAAGAGCCCAGUGGACGAGAAGAAGCCGCCGAAGGACGGAGAGGGCUGUGAAAUCAAAACCCGCAAGAGCAAGGAGAACAGCGAGCCCGUGCCCCAUCGGGGAGAGGAAGCGAGUCAACAGUGAAGAGGCCGGGAGCCCCCAGAGGAGCCAGAAAGGGAAAGGACCAAGGGUCCGAAAGGAAUUUUAAAUAGGUUAAGUUUCGGUUCUUUUACUCUUCCUUCCAGAUUUCAAGUUUUAAUAGGUUAAUGAAGUUCGACUCCAGUGUCGUAAUCAGCCAUGUCUGUCUGAUCACCACGCAGUUCGGGGAGAACUCCAAGGUAACGUUACGUUGGCUGUCCUCCCCACCCCGGCCCCUCCCCGCCCCGUCCCCACCCUUCCCUGCAGCGAGGGUCUAAACUCGCCCAAACUCACAGGUCAGUUUUGUCUCCCGACUGAGUUUGGAACCACGGUGGUGUUGCUUAAACCCAUCCUGCAAGGCAGGACAGGGGAAAGGUGACGUUCUCGUCGUUGAGAAGUGUCAUUCCGGUUUGCCUUAGUAAGUAGAUUUCCGAUUAAUGACCGAGUGACCCUCAAUCAGUUGAGGCUUCGGUCCGGUAUCCAGGACGGGUCCGGACUGUGGUUGGAAAGCCUUUGUCUUACAAAACCCCGUACAAACCCUGGGAGCAGGAGGAAAAUGAGGCUAAGCCAAGUAUUCGGGUAAAAACGUUCGUAUUUAAGAUAGAACCGUAUUUCCGAAAUUGAAAUUUUAGUGCCUAAAUUGAUGGAGUGAAACACAUUCGAUUCUCCUAAAUUAGUGAUGAGUGCCAAUGUGAAAACCAUGCAAGUUACGGUAUAGAAAGCCUGCUCAAAUCAUUUGUGCAUAUUCUUGAAAGUUUAACUGUUAGCGAUUAAAAGUUGCCAAUUUUAAAGUAUUUAAAUUGAAUCAAAAUAUUACCUUUUCCUCUGUCUAGUUUAGCGAGAUUUUUUUUUUUUCCCUCCACAGUAAUCAAAAUAAUGACAAAUACCCUUGGUUGGCCACUUCUCCCAGAGGGUAUCCUGAGGUUCUAAAAUGUCCUUUUUUUUUUUUUUUUCCCAAGGUAACGAUUUAGCUAGUUAGGUUGGAAAUUGGAUAGUGUAAAUUUUGGGUGGUUGCGUUCCUUCGUUCGCUCCUGUGCGUUUGAGAGAGCUUGGCUUUUUCUUGCUUCUCAUCACUUACCACCUUGGUACGGAGCGGGUGUAAUUUCUUAAUUUAAUAGGUAAGGUCGGUAUUAUCGGUGGCUCGGGAGCUACCGGGUUUGACCCAAGUUUAGAAGAGUUAAGCUAUAAUGUCUUGAUGAAGUUGAAUUGAACUACCCUUGGAGAGAGAGACGGACAAUUCAAAUGUCUGUUCUUUCUAGAUUUAGGCAUCCUCGUAAGGAAAAAGAAGGGUAAUCACAUCGGGUAAAUUUUCUUUAGAUGAAGUACGGAAGAAACUGAUCUAGGUAUCAGGGGAAACCGUAGUGAAACCGCUCCGAUCACUGAUCCGCCCCGGGGAACUGCCCAAAUGGGCUACAUCAGUGACAGCAAAUAAAACAGACACCACCUCAUUCACUACUCGGGAAAAGAAAGGUUAAGUUUGGUCCCAAACACGUUGGGUGUUGUAAGAACGGGUAUCCUUUACCGAAUUUAACCUGUCAGGAAAGAAAUAAAUUUAACCUUUGUUGAAAA